AAGAUCACGUCUCCCUUCUUCAGGUCCAACUCCGCUUUGCUGUUGCCGCGAAACUCAAACAUCACCUGGGACACACACACACACACACACACACACACACACACAAGAAACCACACACACACACACACACACACGAGUGAGAGAGAGAGGAGAGAGAACGAGAGAGGACACGGACACACUCAGAGAGAAGAGAGCCGACAGCUGACAAGAUGUCGAUGACAGAUCUGUUGAAAGCGGAGGAGAUCAAGAAAGCUCUGGAAGCUUUCGCAGGAGAAACCUUCGACCCCAAGAAGUUCUUUGAGCUGGUCGGGAUGAAGGCCAUGUCGGCGGAGACCGUGAAGAAAGUCUUUCAAGUUCUGGACGUGGACGGGAGCGGCUUCAUCGAGGAAGAGGAGCUGAAGUUCGUUCUGAAGGGGUUCUCCAGUGAAGGCAGAGAUCUGACGGACUCAGAGACGUCAGCGUUCCUCAAAGCUGCCGACAAGGAUGGAGACGGGAAGAUCGGCAUCGACGAGUUUGAGGUCAUGGUGCACGAGUAGGAGACCGUGAAAACCUUCCUCCUCUUCCUCAUCCUCCUCCUCUUCAUCCCUGCUUUCAUUAUUUUGGAUCAGCCAGCUUUAAACUCCACGAGGAGGAACAUCAUCAUUUUCUUUGUCCUGUGUAUAUAUAUUUAUUAACCUGCUGUAUGGUUUCUAGAAUCCCUCCGCGGUGCAAGAACAUGAAAUCUUGCAAAGUAUAUUCGUCUAAUUUCGAGUCAGAAUAUGUCUUUACACUCAAUAUAAGACCUAAUAAGUAACACUGCAGUGUCUCAGAUGUCACACACACACCCUCUCUCUCUCUCACACACACACACACACACACACACACACACACACACACACACACACACACACACACACACACACACACACACACACACACACACACACACACACACACACACACACACACACACACACAAACACCCUCUCACUUUCUUGACCAGAAAACAGAAAACCUUUGAGCAUUUCUAGCUUAUUUUGUAACAUCUCCUGACCCUGGUAAAAUAUAGUUCAAAAUAAGAUUAGAAGAUCUAAUUGAUCUAAAUAUUCCAUCUUACCAAGCGAAUGAACUCUUGUUCUAUUGGCAGAAGACACCUCGUUUCAUUGUUCUUUGACUGGGUUUUGGAGCAGCCUUUUUUCCAGAUGUUACUCUUUAAUCUGAAUGGACUCCCUCUGUGUAUCCCAGGUUGUGCUUUUUCUCUGUUUUACUGUUUUAGUGCUCCUCAUCUUCCUCACCUUCAUCUUCCUCUUCCUCCUCCUCCUCACUCCCUGCCUCCCAUCAGAUGAUGUAGUAAAUAAAUGAAAUAUAAAGGAGAGCUGUGAAGAGAGGAGAAGCUCUGAGUAAGAAAUGAUAAUAAAAACAAACUUGAGUAAUAAA